CCUCCCCCCCUACGAUCUGCAGUCCCGUAGGUCUCCCUCCCUCGCGCGGCCCCCGCCCACCGGCGACGAGCCAGCCACGGCGGCGCGGACCUCCUCCUCCUCCUCCUCCCCUUACCGUCCUCCGCUCCCUCACGCGGCCUGGCCUGGCCUCGCCUCGCCGCGCGCGAGCCUCCAUCUCGGGUCGAAUCGAAGAGAAGGGGAAUUUGGUGGGGUUUCAGCUGAACUCUAAUGCCCCCAGGGUUAGGUCAGCCCCUGGGGUACUACUGUUGCUGAGGUGUUGCUUUGCUGGAGUGGUGGGAUCCUCGGGGGGAGUUGAUUUGGUUAUUGAGAGCGCCGAUUCAUGAUUCAGGCAAUGGCUUCGCAUGCUGGAGGGAGUAGCGGUGGUGGCCGAGACGCCGGCGCGGCGCGGGGCGGGGCGAUGCAGAGCUUGGUGAGGCAGGGCUCGCUGUAUGGACUUACCCUCAAUGAGGUGCAGAGCCAGUUGGGAGAGCCUUUGCUUAGCAUGAAUCUUGACGAGCUGCUUAGAAGCGUGUUUCCUGAGGGAGUGGAUCCUGAUGGUGGUGGUAGUGUUGCGGGCCAGUCCCAGCCGGCCAUGGGCCUGCAGCGCCAGGGGAGCAUCACGAUGCCUCCGGAGCUGAGCAAGAAGACGGUGGAUGAGGUGUGGAAGGGCAUCCAGGAUGUGCCGAAGAGGGGCGCUGAGGAGGGUGGCCGGCGGAGGCGAGAGAGGCAGCCGACCCUGGGGGAGAUGACGCUUGAGGAUUUCCUGGUCAAAGCUGGGGUUGUCACAGAUGGAUAUCUGAAGGAUCCAAAUGAUUUGCCAGUUAACAUGGAUGUGGUAGGGGGCACUGCAGCCGCAGCUAGUACGUCUGAUUUGAAUGCCGGAGCACAGUGGGUACAGCAGUAUCAGCAGCAGGCCUUCGAGCCCCAGCAUUCAAGCAUAGCUGCUCCUUACAUGGCAAGUCACUUGGCACCUCAGCCAUUGGCCGUUGCUACAGGUUCUGUUUUGGAUCCGAUUUACUCCGAUGGUCAAAUCACUUCGCCAAUGCUUGGGGCACUUUCUGAUCCUCAGACGCCUGGGCGCAAACGUGGUGCCUCAGGGGAGAUUGCAGAUAAGAUAGUAGAACGAAGGCAGAAGAGAAUGAUAAAGAACAGGGAAUCAGCUGCUAGGUCAAGAGCGAGGAAGCAGGCUUACACUAACGAGCUCGAAAACAAAGUAUUGCGUCUAGAAGAGGAGAAUGAAAGGCUAAAGAAGCAGAAGGAGUUGGAUGAGAUAUUGAACUCUGCACCGCCCCCAGAACCCAAGUAUCAACUCAGGAGAACAAGCUCGGCCGGCUUCUGAUGUGACGAAUAUCCAUAGUAAAUUUUGUAGAUUAUAUGGGGUCUGCCUAUAUAUUUCGCUUCAUUUGGCGGUAGGAAGCAGUCAAUAGCUUGAGGUUUCAUCUUGCGUCCCCCCCCCCCCCCCCCCCCCCCCAAAGCCCGGUGGUGGUUCAGAGCUUGUACACACCAGCACCAGCAGAGCCCUAGCCAUGUCGCCCCAGCUGCUGAUCUCUUCGGAGGCUUUGUCACUUGUCCGUAUGUAAAUUUCCCUGGCACAUGUCGCUGUUAAGUUAUCAGAGCUUUCUUGUUU